AUGUACAUACAACGGUUGCAAGAAGAAUUACCCAACCUAUCUCAGGAUCAAAUAAAUGAGAGUCUCGAAACGUGUUUUGCUAUAUGGUUCAAGGAAUAUGUUCGAUGCAACCACAUUGAGAACCAAUUCUUGUGUAGUCUUGCUCAUGGACCAUUAAUAAGCGCAAAAUGUUAUCCGGUGUAUUUUGUUAAUGGAUACAAAUUUCACACGGAAUGUCAUGGUAGUGCAAGAUCAACAAUUAAUAGUGGAGUUUGUAUCUCGGAUCCAAAUGUUGGUGACUAUUAUGGACGGAUACAAGAGAUUAUACAAUUGGAAUACCGCAAAGAACCUUUAAAGCAAACUGUGUUAUUCAAGUGUGAAUGGUUUGAUCCAACUGUGAAUGUUGGUGUCAAAGAGCAUAACCAAUACAAACUAGUCGAUGUGAACCAUCGCCGUCGUUUUAACAAGUACGAACCUUUUAUUCUUGCGAUGCAAGCAACUCAAGUGUGUUAUGUGCCUUAUCCUAGCACGAAAAAGGACAAGGAUGAUUGGGUAGCUGUUUUGAAAGUUAAACCUCGGGAUGUUAUUGAACUUCCUGAUGAGGCAAUAACAUCAACUCCAGAACCGACUCUUCCAUUCCAAGUUGAAGAAGUUGAAGUCCAUUUGAUAGAUAUGAAUUUCACCACUGAUGAGAAUAUAAUCUUACAUGAUCCAAAUGGGGAUGUAAUUGAAAUGGUUGAACCCAUUAAUGAUGGACUAUUGAUAGAGAAUCAAGAGUUCGAAGAAGAAUCUUCAGAAGACGAGUAUGAAACUGAGGAUGAAAAUGAGGAGGAUGAUGAGGAAGAGUUUGAAGAAGAAACAGAUGAUGACUACUGUGUUGAUAAUGCACUACUAUAUUUUUAUUGAAUUUUGUUUUUCUAGUAAUCUGUGUGGUAUGUUAUAAGUCAUGUAUCUAUUUUGUAGUAUGAUCUAUAGAGAAUCGAAUCGAAUACCACAUUUGUAGUAAUCUAAAUGGUAUAGUACACUUCUAGCUUACGUUGUGUUGUGAAUCGAAUACCACGUUUGUAGCAUGUAGUUAGUCACCAUGUAUCUCUCCGCAUUCUAUUGAAUUUUAUAAGCUUUCAUACUAGCUUAGCUUCUGUAACUUUGCUUCUGCUUGUUUGAAUUUUCAGUAACUUAGCUUCUGCUUGUUUGAAUUUUCAGUAACUUAGCUUAUGUAACUUAGCUUCUGUAACUUAGCUUCUGCUUGUUUGAAUUUUAUAAACUUUCAUACUAACUUAGCUUCUGCUUGCUUGAAUUUUCAGAGACUAUACUGCUCAGGUUAAGUUGGAGCAGCCCAUUGCAGGCCAAAAAAAGAAGCAAUUGGAAAUAUGCCUCGAGGUAGAGGUCGAGGUAGCGCAGGUCGUGUAGGUAAAUCUUCAGUUAGGGGUAAUUUCUCUACUCGUGAUAAUAUGCCUACUGUUCCCAUUCCCACAAUCAAUCCUCAACAAGGUGGUACGAGUUCCUCAGGUGGACCGGUUCACAUCAAUCAAGUUCAAACAUUAGGUCCUAGUAGUACACCACCUAUUCAAACAUCAGACCAUGGUAGUACCCCAACUAUUAAUUUGGAACCACCACCAAAUACCCCUAAUCAGAGCAACACAAUAGGUGAGGGUACAUCUUCUCAAAGCAACAUAAUAGGCGAAACUGAGUGUAGCAGUACCCGCCGACCGCGAACGCUUCUUACUAUUUCUCCUACAGGGUUGGAGCCUUCAUAUGAAUGCUCUGAGUUUAUAACUAAGUCUUUCAAUAAUGAACUUGAUCCUAAUGGAUUCAACUAGAAAAACGUCUCAAAUGAGUUAAAAAAAAAUUUAUUUUGGAGAAUUCAAGAAGGCUUUCUACUAGGAUUCUUCAAUUGAUAGUGCGGUGCAGAUCCAAUGGGAGCGUAGGGCAGCAAGAAGAUACAGUGAUUUUGUU